GUCGCAUUAUCGUUACUCAUAUACUAGUUGGUAAUUUUCCUCCCGGCCGUCCCUUUUAAUGUACCCAGCACCGCCCCAAUCGAGUCCUCGCCUUCGGUAUUUCCCUUUCGCAUUUUUCUUGUUUUUCCUUCUUCUUCUUCUGGCUACCUCCCCAUGCAUCGAUGGUGCCCGUCGUGCUAGUGACCACCGCGCUUAAAAACCCUCCGAGCGCAUGUAUGCAGGGCGUCGUUCGUGUCGUCCCAACAUACCAGAGGAACCAAGGGCGAAACCGCAAGAACAACGUCGCGCCUUAGUCUCGAGGUCUCGGCAUAUAGAUGCAAGCACCCGUGUGCGCAACUCCGCCUAACCUACCGGUCCCGUUUCUUCUCUCUCUUCUCUCUCUUCUCUCUCUGUUGCAAUCAUAUCAUUAUUCUCUCAUAGGUAGGCAUAUAGAUACUGUGCGUACAUCCUUAUACAAACAAAACAAGCAAGCAUGCAUGCUCGUCGGUAUGCUUGUUCGAAUCGCCGUCGUACCUUGCGCAAACUCAUAAUACCAUACCUAUCGACCUCCUUUUUGUGGGGUGUGAUCGUGACUCGAUGUCGGGACCUGUCGUAUUCGUC